AAUGACCCAGUGAAUUAUACUAAGAAUGAGUGUGACUUGAAAGUUUUCGAAGGCACGAGUAGGAUUAGCCCCAUAAAAGACAAUUUAACCCUACAGAAGCUAUAUAUAACUACCUAUGGGACUCUUGAGAGCCAAUAUCGCAGAAAAAUAAGCAAAUUACACGGGAUUGACUUUUACAGAGUUAUUCUUGAUGAGGCUCAUUGCAUAAAGGAUGCAUCCACUAGUACGAGCAGGGCUGUAUGUGCUUUAAAAGCACAGAAGAGAUGGGCUUUAACAGGUACUCCUUUGCAAAAUAGGGUAAACGAUCUGCUGUCGCUAUUAAGAUUUCUUAAUGUAGAUCCGCAUGGAUACUACCUCUGUAAAAAGUGUAACUGUAAAAGCAACAGCUGGCUAAGAAGACAUGAAAUAGAUAAUGACUCUACUACAAACAACAAUGAUAAUGCCAUAGAGGAUUUUGGCCAUACCGAAUAUUCAGUGGAAGUUUUCAACAAGUUGCAGCUUCUAACCAAUAAAAUCAUUCUCCGUCGUACAAAGCUAGGCUUGGAGGAAGAAUUGGGCUUACCCUCUAAAGUGGUUUAUAUUAAAAAGUGCAUCUUCAGCCCAGAAGAGAAUGAAUUCUACAUUUCACUAUAUACAAAUACAAAAAUGGAAUUUAACAAAUAUAUCCAGAAGAUGGGAAGUGUCAACAAUUUAAAUUAUGUUCACAUUUUCGAUUUAUUAAACAAAAUGAGGAUGGCAGUUAAUCAUCCAUACUUAUUAAUUCCUAAGAAUGAGCGCACGGCAUUCAUCUGUGGAAUUUGUAACGAAGAAGCAGAAAAUCCAGUGAAAUCCAAAUGUAACCACUAUUUUUGUAUGAAGGAAGCAGAAGAGCUUUUUACCAAUUCGGGUAGAUAUAAUAUUCAGAACUCUAACCUUAAUGUUACAAUCUGCCCAGUGUGUAAAAUUCCACUAACAAUUGAUUUUAAUUAUACGGAGAAUGGUAUCGGAAGUAAUUUGGGAACUACCAAUUGGGUUACUUCUACAAAAAUUGAAAAGCUUAUAGAAAUUCUGUAUUCAACGAAAAAUAAAAGGGAAAUAAUUGACGAAGAUAAUCUUCAGCAGCUUUCUCCAAGAUCAGCACCGAAAUCUAUUGUGUUUUCACAAUUCACUCAAUUUUUGGAAAUUUUAAGGUGGAGACUGGAAAGAGCUGGGUUUAGAGUGGUGAAAAUAUAUGGAAGUAUGACGAUUACCCAGAGAGCAGCUGCCAUAAAGGAAUUUAAUGAAAAUCCUGAUAUUACUAUUUUUUUAAUUUCCCUAAAGGCUGGUGGUGUGGCUUUAAAUCUAACUGCAGCAGAGCAAGUUUUCCUAAUGGAUUUGUGGUGGAAUCCAGCUGUUGAGGAACAAGCUAUGGAUCGAAUCCACAGGAUUGGGCAGUUUAGACCCAUAAAAAUUUACCGAAUUAUUAUUGAGAAUUCGAUAGAAUCCAGAAUAUUGGCAUUACAGCAAAAGAAGAGAGCAUUAUUCGAAAGUACCGUGGAUAAUGACCAAGCUGCAUUACAGAGACUAACUCCUGAUGACCUGAUGUUUUUAUUUAAU